AGCAGACAGAAGCAUUGCAAGUGCCGGGGCCACUGGGAGACACGUUUUAUAGCUGGAAACCUGCAAAAGAUACAGAAAAAUGAGUUGUUUCUCCUUCCUGAAGCUGAUGAUGUUUAUCUUCAAUGGUGUGGUAUUUCUGAGUGGUCUGGCUUUGCUGGGCAUUGGCAUCUGGGUGAAGGUGGACAGCACAUCCUUUGUGAAGAUCCUGGGGGCUGCAGCUCCACAUUUGGUGCAACUGAUCAACGUGGGUUACCUUUGCAUUGCCCUUGGAACCUUCCUUCUCCUGAUGGGCUUUAUGGGAUGCUGGGGGGCUAUGAAGGAAAGCAAAUGCCUGCUGCUGAUGUUUUUUGUGGUCACGAUGAUUCUCUUCGUAGCUGAAGUGGCAGGGGCUGUUGUGGUCCUGGCUUUCUCCUCCGUGGCAGAUAUAUUUGUGGAGCACAUGAAAAACUGGGCCAAGAAAACUUUAGAAGAAGACUACGGGAAACAAGAGGACAUCACAGCCAUUUGGGACACCACAAUGAAAGAGCUGAAGUGCUGUGGAUUCCACAAUUACACUGAUUUCAAUAACUCCUAUUUCUAUCAGACUUACACAAAAUAUCCAUCUGUUUGCUGUAAACAGAACCAAGAAUGCCAGGAAUCUGAAAUAGACCAUGACAAGAAGGGUUGUUUCCAAGAAUUCAACGUUUUCCUUAGUAAAAAUGGGAAGAUAGUUGGAGGGGUUGCUCUUGGAGUUGGUGGCCUUGAGCUGGCUGCGAUGGCUGUCUCCUUGAUCCUGUAUUCUCAGAUUGGGACACGUGGAUGAAGCAGAUGCCCAGAGGAAGCAGCAAAGCUGCAGCUCCAGCGGCCUCAGCCUCUCAACCUGCCAGACAAGAGGCAUCAUUCACAAAGCAAAUUGGGCAAUGCCCAUUGUUGGCUCAAUACAGCCUCCAGAUCUUGACCCUCAUUCGCCAUUAUGAGACGUUUGCCUUGUAUUCACAGUUGGUUUAAUUCCCUGUAAUUAAACAAUAUAUAU